UUCAUUGAACGUUCAGCCACGCCCGCCAUUAGCCAUUUAUUUUCAAGAAAACAUUAAAAAAUGAAUCUCAAAAAUAAGAUGUUUAGUUUCUACUGCCGCCAUAGGCCCUCAAAGAGCCACAUGGCUAUUGCCACCGCCUUUAUUCCUUCGGCCGGAUAUUUCGGACUGGCUAGCCUGUUGGCUUUGGUUUACUACACCGAUUGGAAGGCAAUUGCCGGUUAUAUUCCACUCUACAACACGAAAUUCCCCAAACCCGAGGGAAAGGAUGCAAAGUAAAAAAGGAAUAUUCCACAUUUACUUAUACACAACAAAACUGUCAUGGACGACCGUUUUAGUUCGUGACUAGAAACAAAUCACAAUUACUCAAGUUUGUUUCCAACUUCCAAUCAAAUUACCUUGAUGUUUAUUUGGUGCCAGCACAAGCACCAGCCACAAAACACAAAGACACACAACAAAACCGAAGAGCAAAAUGUUUUGUUGCCAUCUCCAACGGCAUAACCUCCCGAGCAGGGAUCUAGCAAUUGCAAAGACAAUUUCACACACCAAAAUCGCCACACACUUAAGUUCACAAAUGUUCAAUUCUACUCGACACUUAUUCAAAUGUUUAUUUUUACCUUAAAAGAACACAACGUUAGAGCAAAAUGUUUUGUUGCCAUCUCCAACGGCAUAACCUCCCGAGCAGGGAUCUAGCAAUUGCAAAGAAAAUUUCACACACCAAAAUCGCCACACACUUAAGUUCACAAAUGUUCAAUUCUACUCGACACUUAUUCAAAUGUUUAUUUUUACCUUAAAAGAACACAACGUUAGAGCAAAAUGUUUUGUUGCCAUCUCCAACGGCAUAACCUCCCGAGCAGGGAUCUAGCAAUUGCAAAGAAAAUUUCACACCAAAAUCGCCACACACUCAAGUUCACAAAUGUUCAAUUCUACUCAAUACCUAUUCAAAUGUUUAUUUUUACCUUAAAAGAACACAACGUUAGAGCAAAAUGUUUUGUUGCCAUCUCCAACGGCAUAACCUCCCGAGCAGGGAUCUAGCAAUUGCAAAGAAAAUUUCACACACCAAAAUCGCCACACACUUAAGUUCACAAAUGUUCAAUUCUACUCGACACUUAUUCAAAUGUUUAUUUUUACCUUAAAAAAACACAACCUUAGAGCAAAAAGUUUUUUGCCAUCUCCAACGGCAUAACCUCCUGAGCAGGGAUCUAGCAAUUGCAAAGAAAAUUUCACACACCAAAAUCGCCACACACACAAGUUCACAAAUGUUCAAUUCUACUCGACACUUAUUCAAAUGUUUAUUUUUACCUUAAAAAAACACAACCUUAGAGCAAAAAGUUUUUUGCCAUCUCCAACGGCAUAACCUCCCGAGCAGGGAUCUAGCAAUUGCAAAGACAAUUUCACACACCAAAAUCGCCACACACACAAGUUCACAAAUGUUCAAUUCUACUCGACACUUAUUCAAAUGUUUAUUUUUACCUUAAAAGAACACAACCUUAGAGCAAAAAGUUUUUUGCCAUCUCCAACGGCAUAACCUCCUGAGCAGGGAUCUAGCAAUUGCAAAGAAAAUUUCACACACCAAAAUCGCCACACACACAAGUUCACAAAUGUUCAAUUCUACUCAAUACCUAUUCAAAUGUUUAUUUUUACAUU